UGUACCUAACAUUUAGUGCCAGAAACCUGGGAGGGAUGCAUUUGCCUGUCCCUCCGGACCUGGGCCUUGCCCAUGUCCACCGCCAGCCCUUCAGAGCAGACCGCAAGCCUCGGACCCCUAUUGCUGUCCUAAACACCCAUGGUACCUACAACUGGCUAUGACUCAUUGAUUACAAAGGAAUUCUCCAAGUAUUUUGCACUUUUGUUUCUAUAUUAUGGAUACCAAGGAAGAGAAGAAGGAACGGAAACAAAGUUAUUUUGCUCGGUUGAAAAAGAAAAAAGCCAAACAAAAUGCAGAGACAGCAUCGAGUGUUGCCACGAGGACUCAUCCUGGGAAAGAAGAUGCUAACUGUGUCAUUUUGGAGCAAGACAAGUGCAGCGUUGCCGUGGAAGAGGAAUGUAUUAGUGAUGAGAAGAAAAAGAGGAAAAGCAACCAGCUGAAGGAAAUCAGGCGCACGGAACUGAAGAGAUACUACAGUGUUGAUGACAAUCAAAACAAGACACAUGAUAAAAAGGAGAAGAAGAUGGUGGUUCAGAAGCCCCAGGGAACCCUGGAGUACACUGCUGGAAGCCAGGACACCCUAAACUCCAUAGCUCUGAAGUUUAACAUCACUCCCAAUAAAUUAGUGGAACUGAAUAAACUGUUCACACACACGAUUGUUCCAGGCCAGGUCCUCUUCGUGCCGGAUGCCAGCUCUCCUGCCAGUGCCCUGAGGCUCUCGUCCUCCAGCCCUGGCACCACUGUCUCUCCUUCCUCAUCAGAUGCUGAGUAUGACAAGCUGCCCGAUGCUGACUUAGCGAGAAAGGCCUUAAGACCCAUCGAAAGAGUCUUGUCCUCUACUUCGGAAGAAGAUGAGCCAGGCGUGGUGAAGUUUCUGAAAAUGAACUGUCGCUACUUCACCGACGGGAAGGGUGUGGUCGGCGGCGUCAUGAUUGUCACCCCCAACAACAUCAUGUUCGACCCUCACAAGUCUGACCCCCUGGUGAUCGAGAAUGGCUGUGAGGAGUACGGCCUCAUCUGCCCCAUGGAGGAGGUGGUGUCCAUCGCGCUGUACAACGACAUCUCCCACAUGAAGAUCAAAGACGCCCUGCCAUCUGACCGACCUCAGGAUCUUUGUCCUCUGUACAGGCCUGGAGAGUGGGAGGACCUGGCUUCAGAAAGGGACAUCAACCCAUUCAGCAAGUUCAAGACCAUCAGCAGGGAUAAAAGGCAGCCGAACGGAGAGAAGACAGAGACUUCCGAGUCCACAGCAGCAGGCUCCCUGGAGAAACCCGCAGUGUGUGUGCAGACAGAACCUGGCAGCAGCUCUGCCUCAGGGAGGUUCUCGAGACUGGAACCCACAAGAGGAAGUGUAGGCGGAUGUCCUGAGGAGACUGCUUUGCACAGGGGACCUUCAGAGCUGCACCCCAAGUUUGAAUCUACAGCCAAAGAAAACUGCCUGGUAGGGGAAGACGAGGACUUUGUGGACUUGGAAGAGCUUUCUUCUCAGACUGAGAGCAGAAAGGACAGGAGAGACACUGUGCAGGAGUGCCUUCCAGCUGACCGGGACGCAGGGGAGAAGACUGAGUUGAAGACAGACGCCUCCACUGCAGAGAUGCGGGCGCAGACAGGCCUGAGCAUCCCGGUCGCAGACAGCGAUGCCGAGCUGAAAGGGACCCUGGAUUCAGAGACGUGUGAGAAGCAAGACACCAAGCCGGAGGUGGACAAGCAGUCCAGCUCCCCAGAAGGCCAAGUGGAGAACUCACUGAGUAUCCACGAAGAUCUAGAUAAAGUUAAACUCAUUGAGUAUUACCUAAACAAGAAUAAAGAAGGGCCCCCGCUCUCCGACAAUUUGCAGAUGGCAAAAUUGAGUGACAGCAGAAGUACUGAGCCAGCGGGGAUCGACAUCACCCUAAGCAGCUCGCUCCUCCGGGCGGGCGAUCCGCCUCCUGAGAGCACAGAGGAUCCAGAUAAGACCCAGGGAGGGCAGGACGGGGCGCCUCGUGCUCUCCAGGUGGACACUGAUGUGGGAGAACAUAGAAUUAAAGAGUCUCUGGACUCCGCUUCGGAACCAGCCCUGGACAGCAGCUGCCCUGGCCUCCAGAUGGACAAUAAAUCUGAAAUUCAGUUAUGGCUGCUGAAGAGGAUUCAGGUGCCCAUCGAAGAUAUCCUUCCUUCGAAAGAAGAAAAGAGCAAGAGCCCACCCAUGUUCCUGUGCAUCAGAGUGGGCAAGCCGAUGCGGAAGUCCUUUGCCACGCACACGGCCGCCAUGGUCCAGCAGUAUGGCCGGCGCAGGAAGCAGCCUGAGUACUGGUUCGCGGUGCCUCGGGAGAGGGUAGAUCACCUGUACACGUUCUUCGUCCAGUGGUCUCCCGACGUCUAUGGGAAAGACGCCAAAGAGCAAGGCUUCGUGGUCGUAGAAAAGGAAGAGCUGGAUAUGAUUGACAACUUCUUCAGUGAGCCUGCGACCAAGAGCUGGGAGAUCAUCACCGUGGAGGAGGCCAAGCGCAGGAAGAGCGCGUGCAGCGACUUCGAGGACGAGGAGGAGGCAGAGGGGCUGCCCGUGCUGCAGCCGCACAGCGCGCUCCUGGAGAAUGUGCACGUGGAGCAGCUGGCCCGGCGCCUCCCUGCGCGGGUGCAAGGCUACCCGUGGAGGCUGGCCUACAGCACACUGGAGCACGGAACCAGCCUGAAGACGCUCUACCGGAAGUCGGCGUCGCUGGACAGUCCUGUGCUGCUGGUCAUCAAAGACAUGGAUAACCAGAUUUUCGGAGCCUAUGCAACUCACCCCUUCAAGUUCAGUGACCACUAUUAUGGCACAGGAGAGACUUUUCUCUACACAUUUAGCCCAAAUUUCAAGGUCUUCAAGUGGAGUGGAGAAAACUCGUAUUUUAUCAAUGGAGACAUAAGUUCUUUAGAACUUGGUGGUGGAGGGGGACGAUUUGGUCUAUGGCUCGAUGCUGAUUUAUACCAUGGGCGAAGCAACUCCUGCAGCACUUUCAAUAAUGAUAUUCUUUCCAAAAAGGAAGACUUCAUAGUUCAGGACCUAGAGGUAUGGACAUUCGAGUGAAUUUCAGACUGCCUUAAACUAUUCCAUGAAAAAGACAGGGUUGGCACCAUCCUCCUCAGCUGGCUGGAAGAUGCAGAAGGCCCAGCCCCCGCCGCCUCAUCCAGCCACGAUGCUUUCUUUCUGCCGUCAGCUCUGAGCAUGCUCACCUUGCAGAAAGACCCCGAAAGGUACGUGUGGAGGGCAGACGCUGGAGAGAGCCCUGCGACGUCCUGAUCGGUGAAGAAGACUUGGCACUUCACCUCUUCCAGAUCCAUACGAGGAAUCAGAGUGUUCAUAGAUGUAUGAGUUGAAUGCAAUUUUUAUUUUUGGUAACUGUGAAAAAAAAUACUGUGGAAAUAUAUACAUGCCUUGUGUAUUUAUCAGCAUACUUUUCAUUACCAAAAUGUACAGCUGUUGUUUGCCAUGGUUAGUGUGACUUAGAACAAUUGAAAGGAAAUAGCACUUAAAAGGAAUGUAUGAUUUUUUAAAUGUUUUAUUUAUAUCUAGUAUAUUGUCUAAAAUGUGUUAGCAGGUUUUUUCCUUUUUACUGUGUCAAAUCUUGAAAUAUACAUGCUGUGCUACAUUUGGGGAACAAGUUUGUUUGUUUUAUAUAGUUUUAUAUUGACUUUCUUUUUGCCCUGAUUGUUUAGGGUGAUAAAUGUUAGUAUUUCUGGACUUUCAAAAGCUCAUGACCAAGGUUCAUUGCUUGUUAUGUAAGCCAGAUUUUUUUUGUCCUUAAAAGGAUACAUUUUAAAUUACUUACCUUGAGCAAGUAAGUGUAAAGCAGAAAAAUGCCAUUUCUUAUCAUCACUGAGUUCAUAUUUAUAAAAAUGACUACCUUUGUGAACUGAGAUUUAGCGCAAGCCCUACUUCUGAAAAGAAAAUGUUUUCCUUCCAAGAGCUUGCGUGCGUGCGUGCGUGCGUGCGGCGUGCGUGCGUGCGUGCGUGCUGGCAACACACUUUCCUUCCCAGUCUGCUGUGCGCAGCCCACUCCCAGCUGUUUACAUUAAUGAGCAGGCCUCCGUUUUAAAAGAGACCAAGUGUUUUAAUUUCCACACGUCUAAAGUCAAAAUGUACAAUCGGACCAGUUGUCUUGGCUUCAAAAUUCUUGUUUAAAAAUAAAUAAAUAAAUAAAUGUAUUCAUAUCAAAAUUAGAAUUUUAAAACAACUAUUUUUUAGCUUUCAACUUUUUUACACCCUAACAAACCUUAACCAAUAUUAUUGUCGGACUUAUAUGAAAACCAAAGAUUACUAAUGAAAAAAAAAUUGAGUAACAGCCAAAGCUGAGAAGUGAUUUGUCACAAAUUAUUUCCCCAGUGAUCUUUGCAAGGAAAAAUUAAUAACAGGCAGUAUUUAUAUGUCUUCAUUUAAAAAAAAAUCAGACUAUUCCUUUAUUCUUCUACUUGUGAUAACUUGCCAGAGGACAUACUGCUCAGCCAGCAACCUGCCGUUGGCCGGCAGUGACCAUGUGACAGUCCAUGCGCGUUCAGGUGAAGGCUGGGUGUGAGCUCUCAGCUCUGUGGCCCGGCGUCCUCUUGGCCCAGUCCUCCUGCUGGGAUCUUUUCUGGGCAACCCUUUGGCAGCUCCGCCGACGUGCUCCCUGGGCACUGAGUCCUGUGAGAUGUCAGGACUGUCGCCUGGUGGCCAUGCUGCCCGUUCCUGCCAUUCGCAGCCAUGUGCUAUUAUCAAACAACGGUCAUUUCGCAUAGAGCUCACCCUUCCUAGUGCAGGCCGUGAUCCUGUACUCCCGAGAGCGUCUCCGGCUGUUGUGUUCUCUACCUAAAGCAGUAUUGUCCCAUCGGAAAUGUGUGCCCUUCAUUUAUGGAUACUGACUAUAUGUAAUGCAGUGCCGCCCCAAUAUUUUCAAUAAAGGAACUUACGCCUUCA